GUUUACAAAAUCUUACAUAAAAUUCAUUGAAAUUUAUGAGACAUUCAGACAAUCAGUGAGUCAUUCGUGCCAUUCAUAUCUCAAUUUGGAUUCAAUUACAAGUGACAUCUCAAGACAUCUGACACAAUGGGAGCGGUGCUCGGCGUGUUUACUGUGGGACAGUUGGCGUGUUGUUGUUCAUCGGCGGCCUGUGGUCUGUUGGGGUGCUGUCCCUCGUGUCGAAACUCGACGGCCGCCCGUAUAAUGUAUGCACUGAUGCUUCUGUUGACGACAAUCGUGGGAUGGCUUAUGACCACCGAUUGGGUGCAGACGAAGAUGAAAGACGUGCCCUUCUGUUCGGGCGCAGCCGUCUGCGAGAACGCCGUCGGAUAUCUCGCGGUCUAUCGGAUUAUGUUUGCGUUGACCGCCUUCUUCGUCCUCUUCUGUCUGAUGAUGAUUGGCGUGAAGACCAGUAACGACGGAAGGGCUGCCAUUCAGAACGGAUUCUGGGGAAUCAAGUACUUAGUGCUGAUCGGCAUAACAGUCGGCGCUUUCUUCAUACCAGAAGACAGUUCUUUCGGAGAGGUGUGGAAGUACUUCGGACUCAUCGGUGGCUUUCUGUUUAUUCUGAUUCAACUCAUACUUCUGAUAGACUUCGCGCACUCAUGGGCUGAGAAUUGGGUGGAGAAUAUGGAAGAGACCGGUUCCAAAUGGUAUUAUUGCGGACUGGUAUUCUUCACGAUUUUCAACUAUUUGGCUGCACUCACAGCUAUUGUGCUCUUUUACGUGUAUUACACACAAUCACAGGGCUGUCAUUUGCAUAAGUUUUACAUCUCAUUCAACCUUAUAUUGUGUGUCAUUAUGUCUGUCCUCUCGAUUCUGCCCAAAGUGCAGGAAUAUCAACAGCGUUCGGGACUAUUGCAGUCAUCACUGGUCUCUCUGUACACGUGUUACCUGACGUGGUCUGCGAUGAACAACAAUGUGGACGACAACUGCAAACCAACCUUUUUCACCCACAAAGACACCGGACAUUUCGACACCCAAUCACUGGUGUCUUUGGUGCUGUUCUUCGCGUGUGUGCUCUACUCGAGUAUCAGGACGUCUACCAACUCACAAGUGGGCAAAAUCACGGGCGCCAACACUAUACUCAUGAACGACACCGGCGCCAGUGGCGGAUCUUCUACUCAUCUCACAUCUAAUGAAGGUAUUGACCACUCGUUGAUGUCUUCAGACGUCAUUCCAUUCCUGUUAUCUAUUAAACGAGGCGAAGACGGAGGCGUCAGCGCUGAGAGAAAGACCAACACUUGGGAUAACGAGGACGAGGGCGUGGCCUACAGCUGGUCCUUCUUCCACUUCAUGUUCGCUUUGGCCACACUUUAUGUGAUGAUGACUCUCACCAAUUGGUAUAAUCCUGAGAGGGGAACCAAGAAUUUUAGCGAAAGUCUGGGCGCGAUGUGGGUUAAGAUCGUCUCGUCGUGGGUCUGCUGUGGGCUCUAUAUCUGGACAUUAGUGGCACCGAUGGUACUGCCCGACCGAGAGUUCAACUAA